AUGCCAGAACCAUUGCUCACGUCGAUAGUAGCUGGAAGCACAGCAGCUGUUUUCCAAACCACGAUAUCAUACCCCUUCGAGUUUCUCAAAACUGGUCUCCAACUACACCGGUCGCAAGCUGGGGCUGCGCCUUUUGAGAUGAUGCUCCAGUUAAAGACCUAUUUCGCAGGCUGUGCCGCACUGAACAUCGGUACGCUGCUGAAAACCGCGACGCGGUUUACCACCUACGAGAGCGCAUGCGAGCUUCUACGAGACAAGGAAAGCAGUUCCAAGACUAUCAGCGGACCACGUUUGCUUGCAGCAGGCGUUAUAACAGGGUUUAUGGAAUCGCUGCUGGUGAUACCGUUCGAGAACAUCAAGACCACAACGAUCGAAAACGCACUGGCGUCGCCUGUAACGAAGCCUACAGAGCCCGCAACCGACGCGAGGCCGACGUUUCACAAUCUCAAACAGACUGCCCUGCAUCCACGCCAGAAAUGGUUUCUUCAUUACGAAUCGCACCCAUCCGCACACUUCUUUUCCACAAUCCAGGAAAUCUACCGCACCAGGGGCGUUCGGGGGUUUCUGCAGGGCUCUAUGCCUACAAUAAUUCGCCAAACAUCUAACUCUGCCGUCAGAUUCACAACUUACACAACACUAAAACAGCUCGUAUCGCCAAACAAACCUCUCACCGAAUACUAUGCGUUCGCCCUUGGACUGGUCUCUUCGUGCGCAGUAGUCGCCGUCACCCAACCAAUCGACGUCGUCAAAACUCGUAUGCAAUCCAAGUACGCAUGGCGCUUGUAUAAAAAUUCUCUGAACUGCGCAUAUAGGACGUUUGUCGAGGAGGGCAUCACCAAGCUAUGGAAAGGCUGGGCGCCUAGGUUGAUGAAAGUUGGCUUGUCGGGUGGAGUGUCCUUUGGCGUUUUUCAGUACGUUGAAAACCUCAUGAACUCCAUGGACAAGCAAGCCAGCAUGGGGCAUGACUGA